AUGCAGCCACUCGUCCAUAUCUCCAAGCUGGUUCCAACGGCGCAGAAUCCCAGUUUGUUCAAGGUCACGGACUCGAGGGACGCGCAAGACCCGGAGGCUGGAGACGGAUCGUUUGUCGAACGACGCCACCCCUAUGUCGAGACGCUGCCACAUGAGCCGAGCGCGCCGGCGACGCUUCAGACCGAGCUCGCAGAAGCCACUGCGAUUCGCAACAACUCACAGAUCCACAACGGUUCGCCCUCACCCCCAAGCUAUGAAUCUGUCAACGCUUCACCUGAAGACUGGUCCCAUGAUCUUCUUCUCAAGGCUUUAUUGGCUCUCAUCCAGCAAGACACCGAUAUUUCCCGUUAUCUCUUGAAGGAAGACGGCACGAUCGAGACCAGUGUAGCACCUGCUAUGCACCCCCUCCCAGCUUUCUUGAUCUCUUUCGGCACCACGCCUGGCAAGGCAAUCUGGCUGAUCUUGGCGGGGCUUACGACAAUGCACGCUUCGAAGACCUCGGGCAUGACACUUUUGCGCAUCUGUCAGGAUUUCGUGCUUGUACAGGCGACGGUCUGCUCUGAUGGUCGGACUUGUCGUUACACAACCACUUGA